CUUAUUAUCGUUUCUUUGUUGUUGCGGCAGCCAAUAACGAUCCAGCGGAGAAUGUUAAAAACACGAUAUUUACCAUCGAUUUCCUGUUUUGACAUGGGAUUCUAUGCCUACUGAGAGUUAACAAGUCACUGAAAUCUCACCAAUUUAGUUCCAUCCUUUCGCUAAUCGCUUUUACAAACGACUUUCAAUCGUGUGAUGAACCGGUUAACCAGUCUGCUCUUCAUUAUUGUUUCCACUCUAUCGUGUGUGAAAUCAACUGGAAAUGCCGUUCAUCAUGAAUACUGUGUUGUCGGAGCUGGCCCGGGAGGGCUUCAGUUGGGAUUUUACCUUGAGCGCGCAGGCCGUGAUUAUAUCAUUUUCGAACGUGACGCACUCGCAGGAGCAUUUUAUACAAAGUAUCCAAGACACAGGAAAUUAAUAUCUAUCAACAAGAGACACACAGGAAAAACAAACAAAGAAUUUAACAUGCGUCAUGAUUGGAAUUCCCUUCUCAGUGAUGAUGAGUCUCUUUUAAUGACUAAAUAUUCCAAACAGUUUUUCCCAGAUGCUGAUAUCCUGGUGAGAUAUCUGAAUGACUAUGCCACCAAGCUCAAACUGAAAGUCCAGUACAACACAAACAUACUGCAUGUGUCUAGAAGUGGGGAAGAGGAUGAUGCUCUUUUUCACCUCAAAGAUCAAAAUGAGACUGAAUACACCUGCAAGAAUCUUGUUAUCUGUACUGGUAUAGCUGUUGAAAAUCUCCCCAGAAAGUUUAAAGGAUUUGAGUACACAGAGAGUUACUCGGAUAUUUCAACAAACCCUGAUGAUUAUGAGGGGCAAACAGUACUGAUUGUAGGAAGAGGGAACUCAGCAUUUGAGACAGCAGAUAGCAUAAUGGGAGCUACCAAUUUAAUCCACAUGUUUGCCAGAUCAAGGGUUCGUUUGUCUUGGGAAACCCACUAUGUUGGUGACUUGAGAGCCGUGAAUAAUGGAAUCUUGGACACGUAUCAAUUGAAAUCUCUUGAUGCGUUACUGGAGGCUCCUAUAGAGGAAAUGGCCGUCAUUAAGAGAGAUGGAAAACUGUUUGUUGAUGCCUUUGACGGCACUGGAGAGAACAUUGUCACAGCAGACCAGCCAAUCUCAGAGAGUGGAAGAGCACCUGAUAACUUUGCUGUGAGAGAGCCUUAUGAUCGCGUUAUACGCUGCUUAGGUUUUAAGUUUGACUUUUCCAUAUUUGACAACACAACUAAGCCAAGGCCAAGCAGAGGAAAGCGGUCCAAAAAAUAUCCAGCUAUCAAACCGAGCUACGAGUCUACUUCAAUUCCAAGACUUUAUUUUGCUGGAACAAACACUCAUUCUGUUGACUUCCGAAAAUCAGCAGGGGGAUUCAUUCACGGGUUUCGAUACACUGCACGCACUCUUCAUCGUGUGUUGGAAUGGCGUAACCAUAAAGUAGUCUGGCCUCACGUGACAGUACCCAUUGUAGAAGUUGUGAAUGUGAUACUUAAAAGGAUUAAUGAGGCAUCGGGGAUCUAUCAGAUGUUUGGGGUCCUCGGAGAAGUCAUGAUAUUGCGUGAUAAUGGGAAAGUAGAGUACUACGAGGAAUUUCCAAUCAGACUUGUACAUCAAUUUGAAGAGUUCACUGGUCGUCCAGCAGGCCCAAUGAUAGUACUCAAUAUGGAGUAUGGCAAAGAUUUCUCUGGAGCUGGCAAGGACACGUUUAAGUCAGACCGUGCCACCGGAGAACCAGGAGAGGCGCAUAAAUCGAACUUUUUACAUCCGGUCAUCUACUUUUAUAAAGAACCUCCGACAGCUUUGCCUAAAGAAACAAAAGAAGUUGUUCUUCCUAGACCAGAUCGCCUUCACCACAUGGUGGAAGAUUUCUUGACGCAGUGGACUGCACCAAACUCACACAUUUUACCGUUACGUCGUUUCAUUGAAAAUGUUGUUCAAAGUGAUCUUCGUUCCUUUUUUGCUUCAACCUGCUUUAAGAUUAUGAUGACUCAGAAAACCGCACCAAUCAAUUGUCAAGGACACUACACAGAAGGACCAAUGUUGCCGAUCCCAAAGCAUCUUCAAGAAAUACUACUGCAGAGUCAGGCAGAAGUCAUAAAUUGAAUUAUGUCUGUGUGGAACUCAGUAGACUUCAUCAACUAGAGGAGUUCUAAACACUCGAGUUAUUUAUUUUUAACUUAACUCUAUAAACUAUCAAAACUCAAAGUUUAAUCUAGUUUAAGUUCUGUACCAUAGGCAUACGUUAUUCGUUUAAUUUAAAGUCUUGAGGAACUAGUUUUGAGAUGUGCUACUUCAAAUUCGGCAAGAUCUCAUUUUACAUUUCCGAUGUGGUUAUGAAAAUAUUUUACCAGAGUAAUAUUCUUAGCAAGAGACAGUGGUAUUCUCUUGUUCUUUAUGAUAUGUCUUGGGAAAGAAUUUUCAAGAAUAAUAUACACCAAAAUAAUAUUAUAUGAAAUAAAAAUGAAUUUGAUGUAA